CCGGAGGCGGUUCCCGGGUUGCGGUGAGGGAAGUGGGUCGGGAGGAGAGAUGGGCGGUGAAGAGGCCCGGCUCUGCCAGGGAGGCGGGCGGAUCCGUGGCGGUGUUCAGAAGGGGCCGGAAGAGGGUGGCCGCUGGCCGGGCCCCGCCCUGGGGCCGCCUCCCCACGGGUUCCGUUGGCUGUGGCGGCAGCUGACGCUUGUGGCGGCGGUGGCUCGGGGUGGGCGUAAGAUGGCGACAGCAGCGCAGGGACCCCUAAGCUUGCUGUGGGGCUGGCUGUGGAGCGAGCGCUUCUGGCUACCCCAGAACGUGACCUGGGCUGAUCUGGAGGGGCCGGCCGACGGCUACGGCUACGGCUACCCGCGCGGCCGGCACAUCCUCUCGGUGUUCCCGCUGGCGGCGGGCAUCUUCUUCGUGAGGCUGCUCUUCGAAAGGUUUAUUGCCAAACCCUGUGCACUCCAUAUUGGCAUCGAGGACAGUGGUCCUUAUCAGGCCCAACCCAAUGCCAUCCUUGAAAAGGUGUUCGUAUCUAUCACCAAGUAUCCUGAUAAGAAAAGGCUGGAGGGCCUGUCAAAGCAGCUGGAUUGGAAUGUCCAAAAAAUCCAAUGCUGGUUUCGCCAUAGGAGGAAUCAGGACAAGCCCCCAACGCUCACUAAAUUCUGUGAAAGCAUGUGGAGAUUCACAUUUUAUUUAUGUAUAUUCUGCUAUGGAAUUAGAUUUCUCUGGUCGUCACCUUGGUUCUGGGACAUCCGACAGUGCUGGCAUAACUAUCCAUUUCAGCCUCUUUCAAGUGGGCUUUAUUACUAUUAUAUCAUGGAACUGGCCUUCUAUUGGUCCCUUAUGUUUUCUCAGUUUACAGACAUUAAAAGAAAGGACUUCCUGAUCAUGUUUGUGCAUCACUUGGUCACCAUUGGGCUCAUCUCCUUCUCCUACAUCAACAAUAUGGUUCGAGCAGGAACUCUGAUCAUGUGUCUACAUGAUGUCUCAGACUUCUUGCUGGAGGCAGCCAAGCUGGCCAAUUAUGCCAAAUAUCAGCGGCUCUGUGACACCCUUUUUGUUAUCUUCAGUGCUGUUUUUAUGGUUACACGUCUAGGAAUCUAUCCAUUCUGGAUUCUGAACACGACCCUCUUUGAGAGUUGGGAGAUAAUCGGGCCUUAUGCUUCAUGGUGGCUCCUCAAUGGCCUGCUGCUGACCCUACAGGUUCUGCAUGUCAUCUGGUCCUACCUAAUUGCACGGAUUGCUUUGAAAGCCUUGAUCAGGGGAAAGGUAUCUAAGGAUGAUCGCAGUGAUGUGGAGAGCAGCUCAGAGGAAGAAGAUGUGACCACCUGCACAAAAAGUCCCUGUGACAGUAGCUCCAGCAAUGGUGCCAAUCGGGUGAAUGGUCAUAUGGGAGGCAGCUACUGGGCUGAAGAGUAAGGUGGUUGCUGUGGGGACUUCAGUACACAUGGACUUGUAGGGUCACUGGCAACAUACUCCUCUUGGCCCUUCCCAUAUCUACCCUUCUGUGACUGGGGGACUACAAGGCACUGAGGAGUAUCAAAGAAGCGAAUAUUUUCACUUUGAAAGAAAACGCUGCCGUUUUGUAUUUAAUAGCCUCCAAGUUCUUUCAGUAAUGUUAUUUGCUCUGUUUUUGUGUGUUUGUUCAUGUGCAUUUGUGCAUAUGCGUGAGUUUCAUUGCUGGGGUUGGGGCACAAUUCUGGACUGGAGCCAUGAGGCCUUCCCUAGUCCCCUUUGAACCCACCUUAGUUCCACAUUUGGCUGCAUCUUGAAUUAUACUGACUCCAGACUGUCUCCUCCCUUUUUGCUCUUGGCUCUUGAGGCUCUAAACCCCUGGGCCAUCUGAAUGGAGCAGCCAAAUUCAGUCCCAGAUUUCUGCACUGUUCCUCUUUCACAGCUAGAAUACGUUGCAUGAUGAAGUUGUAUAGAAACAGAACCAUGGAUGGAUGGCCGGGAUUACUGUGGUCCCUAGCUAGAUCCCCUUCCUAUCACCUGAUAGCAACAGGGACAGCUGCCAAUACCCUACUCUUUACUCAAUGGUACCCAGGGAGGGGGCAUGGGAAGAGGGUGAGCUGAGGGCUGGAGGAGGACAACAGCCACUGGGUGAGCUGUUCACGGUCUUGUACUAUUGUUUACUCUGUGAUUAAAAGUACUUCAACCCA